AUGCCUAGUUAUCCGCAGUAUUCUGCUUCAUCUCCACAACAAGACCAAUCUUCUUUAUCGUUGUCGUUUCCUCAACCUAUGACUUCUUAUCCAUUAUUGUCAAGUUCCCCCUUCAGUUCGAAUCAACGUUCGUCGUCCUCUCAUCCCCUUCACGUCCAUCAUCAUCAUUCUUAUUCGUCGGAUAGUCGUCAACAAGAUUCACAACGCUCAGUUUUGUUGCCGUCGAUUAACUCGGCUGGCAGUAGCAUAACUGGAUGGCAUGACAACAGUCGACAUGAAUCCCCUCAUCGUCAUCAAUCAUCUUCAUCUGAUCGUUACCGUUCACGACCCAAACUACGUCCACAUCAACAUCUUUUAGAUCGAAAACCUGAGAAUUGCCCUCCGCAACUCACCGAUAAACAAAAGAAAAAGUGGCUUAAUGCAGGCCAAAAAGCUAAUGCAAAUCAUGAAUUAAUUGCUAAUACACCUCCAUUUAGUGCGUCUGACGUGGAUUAUGGCAAACCAAUUCAUUUGCAUCGCUAUACAUCUCCAGAUAUUCUUAAAUCUUCAAUUACUGCAAUAUCUGAUAUUCAUUUGUUUAUGAUUGACACAGAAUCUGAAUCAGUAUAUCGUCAACCAUCAAUACCAGCCCUUAUUCAGAUACAAUGUAUUGAAAAUGAACAUAAAGCUGUUGUCCUUAUCAUAGAAAUACAACAUCUACCUCAUCACUCAACAAUUGAAUUUAAGUUUAUUCAUCAGUUAUGUGAUCAUAUUUUUUCAAAGCAUAGUACGAUAAUGACUUGGGGUAAUCUCAUGAACGAACUUUCACCUUUCACCUCAACACGAUUGUUUGACCUAUCAAACGUCACCAAUCCGAUCAAUUUACAAACCUUCUUCACUAACUUUUGGAACCAACGCCAUCCACAUAUUCUUCAGUGCAGUCAUCAAAAACAAGAAAUUAAUGCUUCUUCCAAUAGAGACGCAUUGGAAUUGAUUUGUCACGUUACUGAAAUGAAUGUGGAGGAUGAAUACGUUGAUGAUAAACAUGCUGACUAUGUAUCAUGUAUAUGUCCAAAAGAGUACAGACCAUAUAAAAGUAAUAGUAGUUCCAAUUGGUCAUUACAGAAGGCGCUUAAAUUCACCUUCAAUUGUGCAUUAGAUAAAGAAUUAACACAAAAUGCGUGGACAUGUGGAUUAGAUAAAGCCUUACAUCAUCAUUUAACAGCUGAAAAACAAGUUAUUAUAGAAAAUAUGAUUAAAUAUGCAGUUAAUGACGUGCUGGCACCAACGAAACUCUACUUUUAUAUCUUGCGUAAGUCAGCUGAAGCUAUACUAACCGUUCAAUCUGUCUUAGGUCCAUCACAAGCAUUACCAUCACCGUCGUCAUCCUUCCCAAUAGCUAAUGGCAACAAUACUAUCAAUGAAUUACCACUCGUUAUCAAUGAUUCAUCCCAACACCAAUUGCCAACCUUCUUCGUUCUGUCCGACAGCCACGGCAAAUGUCUUAAUAAACAGUUACUAUCCCAAACGACCACUGAAAUGACGACUACCAACCACCAUGUUAUCAUUACAGCCGUUUCUGGAUUAAAGUGGAUCGAUAACUAUGAGCCUCAUCUUUCACUUGUUCACCUAAUUCAUACACCAACCAUUUCAUCUUUCCUGUCCAGAGCAACAGCAUUAGUCUUAUUGAUCGGUACAAAUUCAAUAAGAUUGACCAAAUCAACAGAUGUUAUCCAACAAGUUGAACAACUCAUAACUCACAUUCGUAACAAUCAUCAACAACUUGAAGACGAACAAAAUAUUGCCAUCAUUCCAUCCUUCUCCUGUGCAAAAACUACACAAAAGUUUCCUACUACUACAUCAUUAGAGCAGAAUAUUGAAUCGUAUAAUAAUUUACUUAUUUCAUUAGAGCAGACAAUGAAAUUUUCCAUAUUAGAUAUUCGUAUUGGACAACAUGAAUUGGCCAAUGACCGUAUACACGUACACCAUGAUGCUCACGAUAAAAUUAAAGCUGGAAUUUUUGAUUAUUUUAAUCGUUUCAUAUCAGUACCACCACCACCUGAAAUACAAUCCGUAAUUGCCGAACCUCACGACCAACAGCAAGACCAUCAGAAAUCAUCAAAGCGUGGUUUACGUUCAAAGGAAUCCGAAAAUAAACGGAAUCAAGCACGACAUCAACGACAAUAUCAUCAUUUAUUGCAACAUCAAAUAUCUCGAGCAAUUUGUCCCAGCUGGUCAAUGACAUUAAUAAAAACUGUCUUAGAUUCUUACAAUGUCAACUAUUAUCAUACCCCGUUUCCACUUCAAGGCCAAUUACACCUUCGAUUCAAAACUCAAGCAGAGGCCGAUCAUGCAAACAAUAUUCUACCCAUUACCGCUUUUGAUGAGAACAAUUUGCGACAUUGGACACAUAAUGAAUCCCAUUCAUAA